AAAGCCAUCACCAUGCACAUCCCCGAAAGCCUCCAGGAUCUGGCCAACAUUGAUACCGUGCAGUUUCUGAAGAGACCAAAGACAAUUGGGCGGAUCUUCGCAGGGGUCUUCGCCCUCAUCAUCUUCUCCUCCUUGCUGACCGACGGCUACCAGAACAAGACAGACUCGAGCCAGCUACACUGCGUGCUGGACAGCAAUGGCGCAGCCUGCAGCUUCGCCGUGGCUGCCGGCUUCCUGGCCUUCCUGUGCUGCCUCAGUUUCGUGCUCCUGGAUACCCAAGAGGGCUCCAUGGUCAGCACCCGCUUCAGGACAGCCUUUCAGCUGCUGGACUUCAUCCUGGCAGUCCUGUGGACAGGCAUCUGGUUCGUGGGUUUCUGCUUCCUGGCCAACCAGUGGCAACGCUCCCCCAAAGAAUUUCUCCUGGGCAGCAGCAGCGCCAAGGCCGCCAUCUCCUUCAGCUUCUUCUCCAUCUUCGCCUGGAUGUUCCAGGCCUACCUGGCACUUCAUGACCUCCAGAAGGACACUCCAGUCCCCUACAAGCGCUCCCUGGAUGAGGGGGCCGUGGUGUUGACCAGCCUGUCCCCACCUUCACCCACCAGCCCCAUCAACAUGCCCACCACCACCGGCCCCACCAGCCUGACAUACUCCAGCUCUGCCCUAUCCCCCUACCUGACCACUCCGAAGGGGCCCCGCCUCGCCAUGAUGCCUGAUACUGACUAG